CGGAUUAAAUCUAAUCCCGUGUCGUGCGUCCCGAGACAUGGACUUGAACGUCCGAGACUUUCGCGCCUAAAUCGAAAACAUCGUAAAGUGCGAGCCGAACCGAGUACGGGUAUCGAAAAACGGACAUGAGAACGCGUCGAUUCGAUUGAAUCACUCGAACGAUUCGCGCGGCCGAACUCGGAACGAAUCGCGAGCGCGAGUUUCUCGGGGCGACCGCUCGCGCGAGUGAGGGCGGCAGUAUCGUUUCAACCGUCGGUCUGUGCGGUCGCUUUUGCGGCGUAGUCUGUGAUUUUUAGUGUAGCUCCAGAUAAUCCAACUUAAUCUACGAUGGCGGACCAACUGACAGAGGAACAGAUUGCCGAGUUCAAAGAGGCGUUCUCACUGUUUGACAAGGAUGGUGAUGGCACCAUCACCACCAAGGAGUUGGGUACCGUGAUGCGCUCGCUGGGACAGAACCCCACAGAAGCUGAGCUGCAAGACAUGAUCAAUGAAGUUGAUGCAGAUGGCAACGGCACGAUAGACUUCCCCGAGUUCCUGACGAUGAUGGCGCGCAAGAUGAAGGAUACCGACAGUGAGGAGGAGAUCCGCGAGGCGUUCCGCGUCUUCGAUAAGGACGGCAAUGGGUUCAUCUCGGCCGCCGAGCUGCGUCACGUGAUGACCAACCUUGGCGAGAAGCUCACGGACGAGGAAGUCGACGAGAUGAUCCGCGAGGCUGACAUCGACGGCGACGGACAGGUCAAUUACGAGGAAUUCGUCACCAUGAUGACGUCGAAGUGAGCCGCCGGUUAGUGUGUGUGUAAAAAGCAGAGAAUUUAAAUAUACAUUUUGUUUCAUGACACACAAUAUUACCAUCGUUAUUGGACCUGCAUUUCUCUAGUGUUUGCGAUAAAUUAAAUAUUGUCAUCGUUUCAGUUUAAUGGUAUAAUCGUAUCGUGUUGUAGCGGCGCGGGCGCGGGCGCGGCCGGUGUCCGCCCCGCGCGCCCCUCUCUUAGACUUAAAGUAUUCCGUUAAUGUAACUGUAAGCUGGUGGUCGUGCGCGGCGCGCGGUCUGCUGCGGCCUGCUGCGGCCUGCUGCGGCCUGCCGCGGUCUGCCGCGGUCUGCCGCGGUCUGCUCGCGCCGCGGUGGUAUAUCUCGGGUUCGUGUCGGCUCAUAAUUUAUAUUUGUGUAUAUUUCCGUCGGCGGCGCGUCGCGUCCUCGGCGUGUAUAAUUAAUUAUGUAUGUGUGCGUGCGUGCGUGUUGCGUCGCGCCCGGCUCUUUGCGGUGCUAGCGUCCGCACUUUCCGAUACAAUUUAAUGUAAAUUUUUUUCAAGUAUGAGAUAUUUAUAAAGUACGUGAUGAUUAAAAUCGAAAAUCCAAAAAAAAAUUAUAUUAUUCUUUGGCCGUAGUGACGCGCAUCGCGCGUCGCUCCCUGUACAUUGAUCAUGAAUGUUUAAAUUUAACUGUCUCAGUAAACGAAUAAAUUAGAUUUAUUGGUAAUUACUUGAUAAAUAUUAUAUUUCUAUUGUUGGUGAAAGUAAUUCUAUCGAAUGGAAGUCUCCGCUCUGUUAACUCUUACCACAUUUGACUCAUUCUGUUAUUAAAUUUUACAAAAGACAUACUGAAAAUAAAUGUUUCUUCAUUUUUAGGUCAAUAAG